CUCCAUUAAGCUGAAGGCGCUAUCAAGUGGCUUCGAAUUAGCACCGACUUGAAAUCGCCGGGCAAGUGUUUCCCUCGAGAUUUCGGAGCGGCUCCGAUUUUUACUUUGCACGAUUUCGAACGCUGCGCCGCCGAUUUCGAAUCAGUUGUUCAGUAAACAAUGUAGUGAAACUCGCGGGAUUUUUUCGUUGACGAGAGUGUAUGAAAACGGAGUGAUUCAGGGUCUGCAAAAAUGGCACAGCGGUUUCCUGUGCCUAAUGCAGGAAGCAAUGGCCCUCCACCGCAGCGUUAUCCACCACCAUCCGUUCCACCCAACCUGAGACAAUAUUCUGGACCAAACUUUCCGCUUUUGUAUCAGAUACAGCAGAGGUCAGGAUUUACACCACCUCCGCAAAUGGGCACUGGUGGUCCAGGGCCUGGAGGAAUGAUGAGACCGAGUCAGCCAUACUCGAACCUACGACAGGGCCCAAUGCCGACUCCACCUGGUGGAAAAAGGAGCGCGGAUCAGCGCAUACCAAUGUCGCAACAAAAGCCGUAUUUUUGGAACAGUGAUUUUUCACAUUCCACAUCGAAGAAGAAGAAGAAGCUGGCUGAUAAAAUAUUGCCACAGAAAGUUCGCGAUCUAGUACCAGAAUCGCAAGCGUACAUGGACCUGCUGGCAUUUGAGCGAAAGCUAGACGCAACGAUAAUGCGGAAGCGCCUCGAUAUUCAGGAAGCUUUAAAGCGUCCCAUGAAACAGAAACGGAAAUUGAGAAUAUUUAUCUCGAAUACGUUUUACCCAGCUAAGGAGGCUGGCGAAGGGGAAGAAGGGUCCGUUGCCUCUUGGGAACUUAGGGUUGAGGGAAGACUCUUGGAUGACACCAAGAACGAUCCAAACAAGGUCAAGAGGAAAUUCUCCUCGUUUUUCAAAAGUCUAGUCAUAGAACUGGACAAGGAUCUAUAUGGGCCUGACAAUCACUUGGUGGAGUGGCAUCGCACUUUGACAACGCAAGAGACUGAUGGGUUUCAAGUUAAGAGACCUGGUGAUAAAAACGUUCGGUGCACCAUUCUGCUGCUUCUUGAUUAUCAACCACUGCAGUUUAAGCUAGAUCCCAGACUGGCUCGGUUGCUCGGAGUUCACACACAAACCAGACCGGUCAUAAUAUCAGCACUAUGGCAGUUCAUAAAGACGCAUAAGCUGCAAGACAGCCACGAGAGAGAGUUCAUUAACUGUGACAAAUAUUUGGAACAAAUAUUCGCAUGUCCAAGGAUGAAGUUCGCAGAGAUUCCGCAGAGGUUGAAUCCACUUCUUCAUCCUCCAGACCCUAUCGUCAUCAACCAUGUCAUCAGCGUAGAAGGCACAGAAACGAAGCAGACUGCUUGCUACGACAUAGACGUGGAGGUUGACGACACGCUGAAGACUCAGAUGAACAAUUUCCUGCUGUCGACUGCGAGCCAACAAGAAAUCCAGAGUCUGGACAACAAGAUCCACGAGACCGUCGAAACGAUCAACCAGUUGAAGACCAAUCGCGAGUUCUUCCUGAGUUUUGCCAAGGACCCGCAGCAGUUCAUCAACAAGUGGAUCAUAUCGCAGACAAGAGACCUGAAGACUAUGACCGAUGUGGUUGGGAAUCCUGAGGAAGAGCGCAGGGCUGAGUUCUAUUACCAACCCUGGGCUCAGGAAGCAGUGUGUCGAUAUUUCUACACGAAGGUCCAGCAAAAGAGAGCGGAACUUGAGCAAGCCCUUGGGAUUCGUAAUUCCUAAGCUCUGGAGGAAUUCCCUAUGGAACUCAUCACGGUCAGUGGUGAGAUUUGGGAGCUUCUCUAAUCGAAUCUCCCUUGUUUCGACGAUGUACUUUUAUAUCUUUAUCGAAUGGUAACUCUCGUGUGUAACAGAUCGAUACUCCUGGCUCGAAACGACUUGUAUAGUAUAUCGCAAUUAAGAGCACGUAAAAAAAAUCGUGACGAACCUUUAAUUCCAUCCUGUCAACCUCCACGGAGUGGUGAAGUUGCAAAAGGCGACGAUUAUUUAUUUACACGGUUAAUUAAUUUCAUUGUCACCAUUACCGAUGUACUGGGCAGAUCGAAGUCUUUCUUGGACGUGAUAUUGCCUGAAGCCCCUAUCUCUUAGUGCAGGAAAUAAAGUGUUCCAACGUAA